AUGGCCACCCAGUACCAUUCCAGUUAUGACCUGGAAAACUCCGCCUCCCAUUACACAUUCCUCCCGGAUCAACCCGAUUCCGGCCACCGGAAGUCCCUUAAAAUCAUCUCCGGCAUUUUCCUCUCCUCUUUCCUUUUGCUUUCUGUAGCCUUCUUUCCGAUCCUCAACAACCAAUCACCGGACUUGCAGAGUAACUCCCGUUCGCCGGCGCCGCCGUCAAGAGGUGUUUCUCAGGGAGUCUCCGAUAAGACUUUUCGAGAUGUCGUCAAUGCUAGUCACGUUUCUUAUGCGUGGUCCAAUGCUAUGCUUAGCUGGCAAAGAACUGCUUACCAUUUUCAACCUCAAAAAAAUUGGAUGAACGAUCCUAAUGGUCCAUUGUACCACAAGGGAUGGUAUCAUCUUUUUUAUCAAUACAAUCCAGAUUCAGCUAUUUGGGGAAAUAUCACAUGGGGCCAUGCCGUAUCCAAGGACUUGAUCCACUGGCUCUACUUGCCUUUUGCCAUGGUUCCUGAUCAAUGGUACGAUAUAAACGGUGUCUGGACUGGGUCCGCUACCAUCCUACCCGAUGGUCAGAUCAUGAUGCUUUAUACCGGUGACACUGAUGAUUAUGUACAAGUGCAAAAUCUUGCGUACCCCACCAACUUAUCUGAUCCUCUCCUUCUAGACUGGGUCAAGUACAAAGGCAACCCGGUUCUGGUUCCUCCACCCGGCAUUGGUGUCAAGGACUUUAGAGACCCGACCACUGCUUGGACCGGACCCCAAAAUGGGCAAUGGCUUUUAACAAUCGGGUCUAAGAUUGGUAAAACGGGUAUUGCACUUGUUUAUGAAACUUCCAACUUCACAAGCUUUAAGCUAUUGGAUGAAGUGCUGCAUGCGGUUCCGGGUACGGGUAUGUGGGAGUGUGUGGACUUUUACCCGGUAUCGACUGAAAAAACAAACGGGUUGGACACAUCAUAUAACGGCCCGGGUGUAAAGCAUGUGUUAAAAGCAAGUUUAGAUGACAAUAAGCAAGAUCACUAUGCUAUUGGGACGUAUGACUUGACAAAGAAUAAAUGGACACCCGAUAACCCGGAAUUGGAUUGUGGAAUUGGGUUGAAGCUGGAUUAUGGGAAAUAUUAUGCAUCAAAGACAUUUUAUGACCCGAAGAAACAACGAAGAGUACUGUGGGGAUGGAUUGGGGAAACUGAUAGUGAAUCUGCUGACCUGCAGAAGGGAUGGGCAUCUGUACAGAGUAUUCCAAGGACAGUGCUUUACGACAAGAAGACAGGGACACAUCUACUUCAGUGGCCAGUUGAAGAAAUUGAAAGCUUAAGAGCGGGUGAUCCUAUUGUUAAGCAAGUCAAUCUUCAACCAGGUUCAAUUGAGCUACUCCAUGUUGACUCAGCUGCAGAGUUGGAUAUAGAAGCCUCAUUUGAAGUGGACAAAGUCGCGCUCCAGGGAAUAAUUGAAGCAGAUCAUGUAGGUUUCAGCUGCUCUACUAGUGGAGGUGCUGCUAGCAGAGGCAUUUUGGGACCAUUUGGUGUCGUUGUAAUUGCUGAUCAAACGCUAUCUGAGCUAACGCCAGUUUACUUCUACAUUUCUAAAGGAGCUGAUGGCCGAGCUGAGACUCACUUCUGUGCUGAUCAAACCAGAUCCUCAGAGGCUCCGGGAGUUGCUAAACAAGUUUAUGGUAGUUCAGUACCCGUGUUGGACGGUGAAAAACAUUCGAUGAGAUUAUUGGUGGACCACUCAAUUGUGGAGAGCUUUGCUCAAGGAGGAAGAACAGUCAUAACAUCGCGAAUUUACCCAACAAAGGCAGUGAAUGGAGCAGCACGACUCUUCGUUUUCAACAAUGCCACAGGGUCUAGCGUGACUGCCUCCGUCAAGAUUUGGUCACUUGAGUCGGCUAAUAUUCAAUCCUUCCCCUUGCAAGACUUGUAA